CGAUAGCAGUCCUUGUUCGAAUACACUGCUGUGGAAGCGGCGGCUUCUAUCGCCGAACAACGCCGAGAUUCCACAAGCCUGGUACCGGAUGCUCUAUGGCAGACUGUACGGCGCCAGCAAGAGCGACUAUGCGCUGAUCUGUGCACCUAUUCGCACCGGCUGCACACCUCGGCCCCAGCAAUGGUUAGCACACAACGGUCAUCGAGUCCAUUGUCGGCUAUCACCAUAUUACCAGCUCGUCUCACAAACCCGCAGCCGAGCUUCCACGGGAGGUCCAAUCCACGUCAAACCUACUUUCUAGUGACAGAAUGACGGUCUGUAAAAUUCUUGAAUUCGGAGACAGACAAGUCAUGCUCUGAGGAGAAUCAUUCAACGUGCCAUGUCCGGUUACAGCUACGC